UCACCAAAAGAAGAAUAACAAAACGGCCCUCCACAGAAAACCUUGAUUCCCGACUAUAAAAACCAGUCCAAACCACACUCCAAAGCGUCCAAACACAACACCUCUUCGACUCUAUCUUUCACCCCUUCGUUUCUUCCUUCCGUUUCCUUAAGUUUGAGAAAGAUGAGCAUGAAGCCAGGAGAUUGGAAGUGCAAAUCAUGCCAGCACUUGAAUUUCAGCCGUAGGGAUUUGUGCCAGCGAUGCAGCUGGCCUAGACCAGACCAUGGAAAUCUUGGUGGUAGGGAUGGAUGCGGCUUCAACGGUCCGGAUGUGCGGGUCGGUGAUUGGUACUGCCUGGCCAGUAACUGUGGAGCCCACAACUUCGCCAGCCGAUUAAACUGCUUCAAAUGUGGAGCUUUGAAGGAUGAUUCGGAUGGCACCUAUAAUGCAGGCUAUUACGGGUCCACCAGCGGCGGCCAUGUGUGGAAAUCGGGCGAUUGGAUGUGCACCAGGAAUGGAUGCAACGAGCACAACUUCGCAAGCAGGAUGGAAUGCUACAAAUGCAAUGCACCCAGGGGCUCUGCCACCUAAUCUUCACAUACAACCUUGGCUUUCGUUUUUGAGCACUGCAGUACAAGCACAAAGCUGAGGAGAUCAUAUCAUAUGAUAGUAUUCCCAAGUUACUUCUUUUUGGACUCCUAAAGUGGGCCAUGGUUGAAGACCCAUCUUCCACAUGGGGCCCAUUUCUUCUUUUUCAUAUCUAUGUAGCUGUAUCAUGCAUGCUUGAGAUGCAUGGUAUCUUUCACAAAAGCUAAUGAAAGUUAUUUCUCUUUUCUAUUAGUAAAGAUAUCAUAUUCUAUUA